GGUCAGUCGAUGGGUAUCGUUCUAGUGUGCGUAAUGUUCACUAGAGCAGUGUCAAUCAAACAAUCAACAUUCCCACAAGUUAAACGUAAAGAAAUAAGCGAAAUAUUGCUCGAGUGGAAGUUGUUGUAUCUAAAGUAGCAUCGGAGCUAAAAAUCCGCACGUCCCCGCGGUGUUUGUGGUCAGCAGUCAGUCUUUGACGUGAAUUCCGUUCGUCUAUUUUCACGGUCAUCCAUCUUGUCUUGUGCCACGCCAAUCAUACCAAAAACCUACGGGCUUCCCUAACCCUCAACUUCAACGUCAAUUCGGGUGGGGAAAAUUGAUAGAAUUCAUCAGGCUGCUCGAUAAAACAUGGAUGUAAAUGCUGCAACAGAAGAAGUUUCCUUUCAACUUGGGGAAAUGUUCGACAGCUACGAAGAGCUAGAACAAAAAUUAGAGCUAUUUUCUAGGCGCAGUCUGGUGCAUUAUUGGAGAAGGGACAGCAGAACGGUCAGCGGCGCGCAUAUGAAAACAGCGAGACCGAUUAGCGAACGGCUACGCUAUUAUUCCGUCAAAUACGCCUGUAUUUACGGCGGCCAAAAGUUCCUCCCACGGGGAGCUGGUCGCCGACAAUCUCAGUCGAUAAGAACAAACUGUCCUGCGCAUAUUAUGCUUAGAGCAUCAAAGGAUGGGACGAAACUAGAGGUGACGAGUGUCAAUAACGAACACAAUCAUGAAAUUUCAGAGGAACUUUUUAAGAACUUGCCACAAGAAAGAAAACUUUGUGGGGAAAUAAAACAGGAAGUCCAAGACCUGAUGCAGCUGCAUAUUGAUCGCAAGAGACUUAAGGAAUAUGUACGGAUACGCACAAAUAAAGUAUUGCGAUCCAAAGAUCUAUUCAAUAUUGCUGCAGCCAACAAGCAGAAGAGGGAAAUUACUCCGGAAAGAGCUUACCAAUUGUUUAAAAAAAUUCACGAAAUUGAAAAACUGCAAGGUUGCGACAACAGCUCUAAACGAUAUUCUGAAUCCGAAGAAGAGAUAACGCAUAGUAUUAAAAAGAUUAAGCAUGAACACGAAUCACCCUGGGGUCAAGAUGGCCUGGUGGAUUUAGAUGCGAGUGAAGGUAACGAAGGGGAAGGGGACUGCUAUGCAGCUCAGUUGACGCAAGAGGAGGUCGUUAAUGAUAUAGAUGUACCCAAAGACCAGCUGCUAACAGCUAAUAAUGAUGGGGAGAUUGUGACUGCUGACGGAGAAAUAGUUGGAGAACUUGUAAUGGAAGAUGGAGAUCCAUCUGUAAUUGUUGAAUCAAUCGUUAAUGCAGAUGGUUCAGUAUUUGUUGACGAAAGAGAAUUCAACAGCUAUUGUAAUAAUCAUCUAUCACAUCAUGAUGUCGACGACAGUGAAUCGUCCACGCCGCAAGUACUAGAUAUCUCUUCGGUGAGUCAAUCAUCUGAUAUCAACAGAAUAAGCAAACUGAAUUGUACAUCUCCGAACCAAUCACAGCAGCAUAGACCGUUAUCCCCAAGAUCUCAGUUGACGUCAAAAUCAACCGGAACUCUGAACGAUUCCGACUCUAGGAUCUGGAUUAUGAAAGAAGCUGCAGUAGCGGACACAGAAGCGGACAGUAGCCCUGAGAGUGAACCAAACGUUUCAAAAUCUACAAAAUUACAUAAGGAUGAAAUUAACGCUGCAGAUGUCAUCUUGUCAGAAGAAGCCAGUCAUCAGCUUUUGCAAGAACAGUUGGCAGUUUUAAGAGCUGAAAGAGGUAAAUUGUUCCAUGAAACGGAAAUGCUCAAGCUGAAAAAGGACAAAUUGAAAGUUCAGAUGAAUUGCUAUUCCAAUGAAAUCAGAAAACAGGAAAUGGAAAAAGAGAAGCUCAGGCUUGAAAUUAAAUUGCUGCAAUCUAAAGUCAUGGAGGAUGCAAAUGACGUAUCACACUACAUUUUUGUGCCUUAAGUUCACGUACAAAACAGUGAUAAAGGCAUUAUUUAGACAUCAUAAUGUCAAUCGAAUCAGUUUUGCAAUGGAACCUUGACGGUUUGUUUAAACGUUCACACGUGCCUGUGGAUUUUGGAGUAAUAAUUGAAAUUCUCCUAUCAGAUUCAGCUAUUACGUUCAAUUUGGGAUCUUUAUCCAUCGCCAUUCUUAUUAUUUCAUUUUUAAAAGUAGCUGAAUGAUAACAAAUCGGAACAUAAUUUAAUACGAUCCUUAGGAGGAUUUAAUUAUCUCCAACAACCUAGUUUCAUUUAUGGGGUGUGAAUUAUAGUUAAUUAUCGUAAUAAUAUAAAUUUAGAUUUUAUACAAACGUAAUAGGUAUAAUAUAAGGCAAUAUGUGAUUUUCG